AUGUGGGCAAAAUCCAACAGCAAGGAGAGGCAAGAAAACAGAAUGGAAUUGUUAGUCAGCGACUCAUUGGCUGCCAACGACACUUGUCAAUAUUUUGAGGGAGGGGUUCAAAUGCUUAUUGGAAAUUUAGGCUAUAUGCAUAUUGGCAGUUUAAAACACAGCAGGGUUGCUUCCCCCUGCUGCAUUUCAAGUUGCAAUUUAACUUUGCUCUGUACACCAGAGAGGAGAGAGGCAUGUCAUCAUCACCUGAUGCAAAUUACCUCAUUUGUUUCCCAGCGCCCUGUGACCUCCCAAAUCCAAGGAAGCUUUACUCCGCCAAUGUGCAAGGGAUGUCUCUGCUUAAUGUCUCAAACUUCAGCUCAUGCCAAAACUUUUUAAAAAUAAACAAACUUGUUGCAGCAAUCCGACACUAAUCCUUGCCUUUCUAUGUGUCAAACCUCCCCUCCCCCAAAUGCAGUUUAAUGCAUUUUCAGUUUAAAAUGGGAACAAAGCAAACUGAAAGAAAAUACUUUGGUCAAUGGAAUGUAUUGCUUCCUUCUGAAUAUUAUGUUACAGUUUAUUUCUAUGUUGUCUGUCAGCCAACAAAGAUUUUGCACAGGAAUACAGUACAUUGAAUUUCCGCUGUACCCUUGGAAUGCACUGAAGCGAGAAUGAUCGCAAUGUGCAUCCCAUUGUAUGUAUCGCUCGUUUAGUGCCACCUAGUGUUUAUUUCAUGCCGUGCUAGUUCGUUCCUGCCCAUUAGGGCUGAUGCGUCAUGCGCACUUGCAUUACAUCAUUGAUCCUAAAUGGGCAUGCAUAGGCAAACUCAGCCCUCCAGAUGUUUUGGGACUACAACUCCCAUCAUCCCUAGCUAACAGGACCAGUGGUCAGGGAUGAUGGGAGUUGUAGUCCCAAAACAUCUGGAGGGCCGAGUUUGCCUAUGCCUGCUAAAUGGGUGCUAUAACAGAUUGUACAGGUUUGAAGAGGAGCUCUCUCUCCCCCCCCCCCCAACUUGGUCUUGCCACACAUUAAAUCAUUAAGUUAGCAAUGUUUAAUUAUUUUAAAGUUUAUUGUAGGGGGGGAAAUGUGGUUACGUGGGGGAGCAGCAGUUUUGUUUUUCAUGUGUGUGUGCGUGCAUUCAACUUCAUUCAUUCAGUCAUUCGGCAGAUGAAAUAGGGCCAUAAAGCUGUCAGCCUUUAAAGCAUGGAUAUAGCCAGGUUUUUUGUGUGGGGGGGGGGCAGGACUUUUGCUAGAGAGGGCAGAACCAAUGUCAUUGGUCACUUAGUUAUUUCUACUGUUUUACUGGAUGGGGGGGGGGGGCAGCUGUCCAUACUUCAAAGUGUUGUAAGACCCAUUUCCUGUUUUUGAAUAAGCCGCAGGGGUAGUCAAGCUUUUUAUACCCACUUCCCACUAAUGCAUCUUUCUUGAUGGUAAAAUUUCCUUACCACCCACCAGUGCUCAAUGGAAGGAGGAUUCAGCUUGUGCCGUAGAACCCCCUACCGCCCACCUAGAAUCCUGAAACGCCCACUAGUGGGCGGUAGGAACCAGGUUGACAACCCCUGGAAUAAGGACGUGGUGGCCCUCUUUGAUAGUUUGCUGCUUGGUUUUAUUUAAUAGCAAUCUUAGAACUGUUACUUCUCUGCUUUAGUGGGACUCCUGUCCUUUGUCUCUAACAGCAGAAUAGCAAGCGGAUAUUCCACUACAGUAUUGUCAAUUUGCUUACCAAAGGAGAAAGCUGUACCUGUUGAUCUACCCAGAUCACUCUCUCUGUGUGUGUACAUGUUUGUGUGCACGCACACACAGAGAGAGAGAUCUGGGUAGUUCAACAGAUACAGCUUUCUCCUCCUACAGCUUUCUAUAUACAGUGGUGCCCCGCAAGACGAAUGCCUCGCAAGACGGAAAACUCGCUAGACGAAAGAGUUUUCCGUUUUGGAGGUGCUUCACAAAACGAAUCUCCUAUGGGCUUGCUUCGCAAGACAAAAAUGUCUUGCGAGUUCCUGCGGUUUUUUUUUCCUUUCCCCCCCUUUUUCUAAGCCGCUAAGCCGCUUAUCUGCUUAUCCGAUAAGCUGAUAAGCCGCUAAAAGCCGCUAAAAGCCGCUAAUAGCGCUAAUCCGCUAAUCCGUCAAUGGGCUUGCUUCGCAAGACGAAAAAACCGCUAGACGAAGAGACUCACAGAACGGAUUCUUUUCGUCUUGCGAGGCACCACUGUACAGUGGUACCUCGGGUUAAGUACUUAAUUCGUUCCGGAGGUCCAUACUUAACCUGAACCUGUUCUUAUCCUGAAGCACCACUUUAGCUAAUGGGGCCUCCUGUUGCUGCCACGCCGCCGGAGCACGAUUUCUGUUCUUAUCCUGAAGCAAAGUUCUUAACCUGAAGCACUAUUUCAGGGUUAGCGGAGUCUGUAACCUGAAGUGUAUGUAACCUGAAGCAUAUGUAACCCGAGGUACCACUGUAUACUCUCUCUCUCUCUCUCUGUGUGUGGCACAGAAACCUCUGGCAGCUGGAGGGAAACAGUGGGAAGGUCUCUUGGUUGAUAUUGUGCAGUGAUGGGCAUUCCAUGCCUGGCCAGAUGUUGCUGGACUUGGUUAGAGUUGAUAACGCCACGGUUGCAAGCUCAAUCCCUGUAUGGGACAGCUGCAUAUUCCUGCACUGCAGGGGGGUUGGACUACUAGAUGAUCCUCAGGGUCCCAACUCUACAAUUCUUCUAUGACUCCAGCCGCAUAGUCUCUGGCGAUGCUUGCUGGGGCUGAUGGGAACUGGACUCCAGCAACGCUUACAGCAGGGGCCGGCAAAUUUUUUCAGCAGGGGGCCGGACCACUGUCCCUCAGACCUUGUGGGGUACCGGACUUUGUUUUUUUGGGGGGAUGAACAAAUUCCUUGCCACAAAUAACCCGGAGAUGUAGAUAGAUAGAUUUAUUGCGGCCAUUGGCCCAUAUCGAAAACAAUACAUCAGAAUUUAUCCAUAAACAAUACAAUUUAAACAGUUCCAAGUUAAAACACCCUUAUAAAACCAAUUUUACUUUAGUUAAGUAAACACUAUACACAAUAAGCUUCCUCUAUGUAAACCGCAAUUCCGAUCCAUCAGAUUUUGGGGGGUAUACGUCUUAGUUCUGGCACUUAUUGAUGGUUCUUAAGUUUAGCUAAGCUGUCAGAAACAUACAGUGAUCCAUUUCUCCUCUUUUGAAAUAAAACAUUAAUCAGGUAUCUAGCGACUGCAAGGGAUCUACUACCGGAGAUGCAUUUUAAAUAAAUGUAAUCUACUCAUGUAAAAACACGCGGAUUCCCUGGCCGUCCGCGGGCCGGAUUUAGAAGGCGAUUGGGCCGGAUCCGGCCCCGGGGCCUUAGUUUGCCUACCCAUGGCUUAGAGGGCUCCAGGGCCUCCUUCCUCUAUGUCUUGGGUUGUGGGGAGUCCGAGGAAACGCUCAGCCACGAACUAGGACGGCAGAAAGGCGUGACCUUAUCCUCGGAGUAAAGCCCCGUCGAGCGUCAGCUCGCACGAAACCUACGCGAAGACUGUGCUCGCAGCGCCCUCUGGCGGCCGCCGCAGGUGCAAACCGCGGCUUGCGCGCCUGCCUUGUGCCUGGCUUUCCGGGCGCAAGCUCCGCCUGGAAGGAGGGCGGUCGUGGGCCAGGCGAGCCCGGCUCUUCCGCUUCCCUCCGCGCACUCAGGAAGGUUUAGGAGGCCGCGGGAAGGAAGCCGGGGCCGCAGCGCGCCCGGUCGCCGGAGAGGAGCCUGAGAGCGGACGCCCGCGAGGGUCGGAAGGAGUCCUGCCGUCUGCUGUAGUGGUGGGUUGUUGCCACGUGGGGAUGGGGACGGGGGCGGCUUGUGGCCAAGUCUACACGUGCAGCGGCCAGAGGUGGUAGCAACGUUUCCGAAUGCUUCUUGCUGCCGGAGCAGAGAGAGCAGGCCGGGAUUGAGCAGAUCUCUUUAACAGGGAAGUUGGGCUUCGUUUUUGUUUAACUUGCAGAGAGCUGCUUUUUUUUCCUUUUACCCUCAAGGAAGCUUUCGAAGAGGCUCAUCUCAGCUGCAACCCGAAGGAGUCCUUGCAUUAUAGAUUCUCGGAAGUGAUUUAGUGCAGGGAUGCUCAAGAUUUCAGAUCUACCUAUCGGGGCCAGGAAUAAAGAGCACGGUGCGCGGACCCGUAUGCUGAGUCUAGACUUCUGUUUUCCGUUCCAAAUCCGAACGAAGAUCUUUUUGCAUUAAAAAGUCUACUCCUGGUUAGCUUUCUUCAGUUCAGCAACAUAUUUUCUGUGGGGGAAGACAUUAUGUUUCUGCUGCUGAAAAAUUGGGAGUCAGAAAUUAUUGAUAAGAUAUUGCAAAUUACCCAGCGAUCUCCCAGUAGAUACUAAUCCAUGGGUAGGCAAACUAAGGCCUGGGGGCCGGAUCCGGCCCAAUCGCCUUCUAAAUCCGGCCCGCGGACGGUCCGGGAAUCAGCAUGUUUUUACACGUGUCCUUUUAUUUAAAAUGCAUCUCUGGGUUAUUUGUGGGGCAUAAGAAUUCGUUCAUUCUCCCCCCCCCCCAAAAAAAAAUUAGUCCGGCCUCGCACAAGGUCUGAGGGACAGUGAACCGGCCGCCUGCUGAAAAAGUUUGCUGACCCCUCUUCUGUCCACUCCUUGAACUAGUGCAGUCCCCUAUUUAGUGUAGGAGUCGUGCAACCAGAGUUUGCCUUGCAGCCUCUAUCUCAAGUGCAAGCGACAGAGGUUGAGCAAACAAGCAGCCUUCCUAAGUCUACUGUUUAGGUAUUCUCGUUACUUUUUAUCUAUUACAGUGGUGCCUCGCGAGACGAAAAGAAUCCGUUCCGCGAGUCUCUUCGUCUUGCGGGUUUUUUCGUCUUGCGAAGCAAGCCCAUUAGAGGUUUAGCAGCUUAGCGCUACAGUAUUAGCGGCUUAGCCGGCUUAAAGAUCAGCUGAUAAGCGGCUUAACGAUCAGCUGAUAAGCGUCUUAGCAUCAGCUGUUAAGCGGCUUAAAGAUCAGCUGAUAAGCGGCUUAGCCAUCAGCUGAUAAGCGGCUUAGCACCAGCUGUUAAGCGGCUUAAAGAUCAGCUGAUAAGCGGCUUAGCCAUCAGCUGAUAAGCGGUUUAGCGGCUUGGGAAAAAGGGGGGGGAAAGGCAAAAACCCUGCAGGAACUCGCAAGACAUUUUCGUCUUGCGAAGCAAGCACAUAGGAAAUUCGUUUUGCGAAGCACCUCCAAAACGGAAAACCCUUUCGUCUAGCGGGUUUUCCGUCUUGCGAGGCAUUCGUCUUGCGGGGCACCACUGUAUCCUUGAUCUGUUCUUAGCUUCCUGUUUUAGCCAUGUUUGUUUUAAUUUUCGUCAGCUGCUGUAAGUCCUGCUUCUGGGAAGAAAAAAGCAGGGUUUAAAUAAGUAAAGUUGAUGAUAGAACAGACAUGGUUUAAUAUCGAGAGACGUUGCACUGAUGCAUUGAGACAGGAGUCAGAUAUACAGACGGGUUGUGACAUGUCUUCUUGAGAGAGACAAGUGAAGCUUAAAUAUUGAACUUGACUGGAUAGUGCACAUCGUUGGCAGAGUCCAGGGUAGUGUUUUGUUGUUUUCAUUCAUUUGAAUGGGGCUUGUACAGGGAACCCCCUUCCUGGCAGAUUGUAGCCUAUACGCAGAGAUCUCAUGAAAUGCAGAAAUCGAACUGAAUUCACAGAUCAGAGAGCCCGGUGGAAAUACACAUUUCUGAGGUUUCUCUAGGAACACUCCUUUUUAAAAUUUAGGAUUUAAAUGUCCUUCUAAACGAUACUAGCUUUUCCUCCUAGACUUUUCAUUGUUCUAGUAUAUCGUGCAUUAUUUCCAAAAUAUAAUUCCAAAAUAUUUCAGCAUCAAAUGGAAACACAUUUGUCGCUUACAACUUUUAGAUCCUCGUUGCAAAUUUUUGCAGACUCUCCUUUUUGUAUGGCUAAGCAUGUAGUGCUGGAUAUAAGCAUGCUUUGUGCAAAUGAACAGUUUAUUUUGCAGUUUCAAGGCUAGGUAGAAGUUAAGAACCUAGCAGUGCCAAAUAUAUUAGAAAAAUAUAUAUUAAAGAAGCAAUAAUGUGUUGGAAUGGGGGAUGCAUGCCUAUAGAUGUUGUGUAUAUCUCUGGUUUAGUUUGCAGAAUUUUUUGCUGCUUUUUCAUUCGCAGCUCAGGUUGGCAAACCAUACCAGGAGCAUCAAGAUGUCCCUUCAGGCAGCAAAGGGAUCGUCAGCCCGUAAAUCGAAGCAAAUGUCUGUAAAAACAUCUUUGAGCAACCCGUAUACUCUGCAGUGGAGCCCUGUGGAUGGAGCAGACAUGCACUACAUAUUGGAAGCCUUAGGAGAUGUUAUGAAAAAGACUGGGUUAAAAAAGGUAGAGACUCGGAGAAGGAAGAAACCCUCUUCUGGAAAGAAGCAGGAGAAAGAACAGUGCGAUGGCCAGACCAACAGACUUCAAGACGAGAAUUGCCCUGGAGAUGCUAAAGCACAUGGGUGGACAAACUUGCAAAUCAGGAACCAACUCGCUAUCGGGAUCAAUGAAGUAACAAGAGCGCUGGAAAAAAAUGAGCUGCUUCUGGUGCUUGUGUGCAAGUCUGCCAAACCUGCUAUGCUAACAUCUCACCUUAUUCUGCUCUGCGCAAGCCGGGCCACUCCAGCCGGCCAGGUUCCACGUCUCAGUGAAAGCCUUGCACCGGUCCUCGGGUUAACGUCCGUCCUCGCCCUGGGAUUUAAAAAGGACACUGACGCUUUUGCAGAGGUAGCCAAAACCAUUAUCCCGCGAAUACCACAUUUGGAUGUGCCCUGGAUUCAGCACGGAACAGAACGUUUGCUGGCCACUGAAGAUGCUCAUUCGGCGAACUUGCAGGCGGGGGAGUGCACAGAGUCAGACCCGGAAGAGUGCUCUCCCAACCACAAGCGGAAAAGAGCAGAUUGCAGCAGGCUUGCCUCUCCUGCUACAGCCCUUCAAGCACUCAGGGUUAAAAAAAUAGUACCCAAUCCAAACAAGCGAAGGAAGCUUCCCAAAACUAAAAAGCGCAUUUCAAAGUAAUCAAUUAUAUUGGCUUGUUCCCACAUUUCUUAUUUGCCUUUGGGGUUUUUUGGUGUGUGUGUGUGUGUGUGUGUGUGUGUUUAAGAAGCCAGUAAAAGCUAUGUAAUAUUAACUAGGCUUGCAGUUAAGAAUAUAUACCAACAUUACAAAAUUCGUAUUUGUGGCAAGACAUUCAAGCUAAUAGCCUGGUACUGGACACAUGUCAUUUCAAAAAAUCUAAAAGUGCUUGGAACAAAGCCUUUUUCUGGAUUAAAUGUAAUUC